UAAAAUGUUUGUUGUUGAUUUAAGGAUACGUUUUUAAUUUUUAUUUUGUGUUUCUUUUUCUUACAGAUCCAUGACCAUAACGUAUUGUUUGUUUUAAUUUCUGUUUGAUUCAUUAUGAUUUAUCUAAAAUCCAGACUUUAUUUCUCUUUGAAAAUACAUUAAUUCCAGUAGAUGUUGAGUUGAAAAAUUACAGAUAAUUCCUCAGUAAUGGAAUUUGAUUUUCAAGCUUUUAAAAUUUGGAUUAUCUGUAAUUUACACCAUAGACAUUGAUUUUUAAGAUGUGAAUAGUUCCAUCACAGAAAUGCAUAUAUACCUGUGAAUAGUUCCAUCACAAAAAUUUGUGAGAAUAGUUCCAUCACAUAGUAUAUAUCACUGUGAAUACUUCCAUCACCAUAGUAUAUAUACCUGUGAAUAGUUCCAUCACAUAGUAUAUAUACCUUAGAUGUAAUUUUGGUUUUAAUUCACCAUAGGCUUUGUCUCUUCAAUGUAAUGUUGAUUCAUUAUGGUUUGUUUUUAAUCCAAAAUUUAUUUCUCUUUUAAAAUAGAUUAAUUCCAGUAGAUGUUUAGUUGAAAAAUUACAAAUAAUUCCUCAGUAAAAGCUCAAAAAAAGACAUGGAUGAUUCACCGAAUUCGUUGUCUCCUUCUGUACUACAUAUGAUAGAUGUCAUAGAGAAUGAAUUUUUAUCCAAAAAAGCCAUUGAAAAAGAACAGGACCUUUAUUCAAAUACUGCAGUUGAAAAUGAAAUACUUAGGCAACAAGACAAAGAUUAUCAAAAUUAAGUAAAUGAGCAAAGAACUAGAAGAUUGUCCGUUGAAAAAAGUACAGAUUGGAAGUAUGAGAAAUUAAGAUCAACUAUCAAGACAAAAUGCGAAAUGAUGCAGCAAAUGAAGUCUAACAAUGAAGGCAUUAACGUGAAAAUGGAGCACAUAAUGAAUGAAAUAUACUUUGAAGCUUUCCAACAAAGUACCGUAAUAGAGAGUACUCUAUAAGAAAAAGUGUAUCUGAAUAUACAAGAACAAGAAAUUUUGGAUCCAUAUUUUGAUAUUUAUGGAACAAAAUUUGUUGAAGAAAAGAAAUAUGCAGUAGAGAGUACUAGUAAGAUGCUUCAAAAAGAAAAAGGAAUAAGAAAUGCGACACCACCACAGUCAUCUGAACUAAAUAAAGAAGCAGCAAGAGCAAUCAUGGGUGUCCUGAAUGACACUAUGGGUUAUUUAAAAAAAAAGGGUAUACCUAUCAAAAGAGUUGUGAAAGAGCUGAAGUUUAUUCCUUUCUUGGUUAAUAAAUUGCUGGAGAUGAAUGAAAUUGAAACAAGUUCAAAUGAAAAGUUGUUAGAAGAAUUCUUUCAAGGGGCCGCGUCAGCAUAUAUCUAUGCUUCUCUAUAUGAACCACAUUUGGGUGAUGACAGUACUGAAGAAUUUUCAAAGCUAAAAAUAUCUGCUGAAAGAGCUAUCAUGACUCUCCUAAAUAACACUCUUUAUUCUUCCGAAGUAACAAAACUUGAUGAUAGUGAAGAUCCAAAUUUGUGUCUUGACAAUGAUUUACAAGGCAUACGAACGGUUGAGAUUGAGAAAGAUUCUGUCAAGAUUCACAUCGUUGGGGAAGACAAAGAAAACAUUGAAAACGUAGCAAAUAUGAAAGUGAAAAUUGAAAAAGAGCUUACCUUGAGCCAACUACACGAAGAUUGUUUCCUUCCCGAAACUUUUGAAGCAGAAAAAUUAUGUGGAAGAGUUCUACAAAAUUCACAAGGUUCCAAAGUUGAGGAGGGACCAAGUGAAAUUUCAACAAGAAAACGAGAAAUAUCAACGGACGAACAAACAGAAAUACUUGAAGGAAGUCAAACAUCAAUGGAUAAUGAAACACUCAUCAAACGACUUGGUAGAAUUUCAAACAAAAUGCUGCCGCUCAAAGUACAAGAAAUACAACCAAAGGUUUCCACUCCAACAAAGGAUGUAAUUGCUCGGAUACAAAAGAAGAUGAUGAAGAAUCCAAUUGCUACAGAAAGUCUACAAAGUUCUAUUGAAAAUUUAGUGGACAAUAUGCCACUGGGAAAUCUAUAAAAAUCUAUUGAAAAUUUAGUGGACCAUAUUUCUGCUUCGGUUGUUCAAAGCACAAACCCAGAAGGAUCCAUUUUUAAAAAGGGAAACAAACUGAGUUUGAAAAGAAAAAAUGAAGACCAGGAUAGCAAACAUAAAGACAAAAAGGAGCGAGCAAACCCCAUUAUCUCCCCUGUUUCUGAUAAGGAUAAAAGCAAGAUGAAGUCAACAAUUGCCUCCACAUCCAAAAAGCAGUUAACACAUGAAGUUAGCAAACUUAAGAUGAGAUCAACUGGCACGCAACUGAAAAAGAAUGUGAAUAAGACCAAACUAUUUUUGCAAAUGGAGGAACGCCAACAAGAUGUUGUGCUUAAGUUCUUCAAAAAAGAAACAACAACGUCAAUUGCUUUUAAAGUAACGUCAAUGUUUGACGGUGAGGAUGAGUUCAAAGUUUUCAUAUCAGGGAAAUGUAUCGAGGACUUCAUGUUUAAUGCACUUUUGGACGCCAGUAUCCUUAUAUACAAAGUUUAUAAGCUCAAGAAAGCAUUUGAGAAAGAUACAAUCAAUAAGUACAUCAAAGUACUAUACCUGGAUGCGAAGUCUUUGUUUUUUGUCAAACACAAAGAUACUAUGCAAACAUCAUUGAAACAUAGAGUUACAUUACCAAUAUCAAAUAUGAAUUCUAUUGUGAAGAAGAUUAUGAUACCAUUGUACCAUGAAGAGUUGGAUUGUACACAACAUUGGACUUUGCUGGAGUACUUUGUCCAGAAAAAAUAUUUCUUGCACUAUAAUUCGUGGUCUGACCAAUCAAGAGAACGCUGUUAUACAAAUGCCAAAGAAGUGGCAAAUGCAUGCUUGGGAGCAAUCAACAAGUUCAUGGAGAAGGAGGGCCUAAAGAAGAUUUUUAAAUCUAUGGUCUAUGAAGCUCCAGUACCACAACAAGGGCAAUCUAAUGACUGUUUACUAUAUGUUUGUUAUUUUAUGAAAAGACAAUCACUAAAUGAAAAUCAUGAUGGAUUUCAAAGUUGCAUGGAAGAUGCAGAUAUGCUGAAAGAGAAGAUUCAUAGGAAGAGGGCGACAAUAACUUUCAAGUUACUCACUGCAACCACACCUGUAGAAAGUUGGAAGGAAGACAAUUCCAUGGAAUAACUGCAACAAAAAAAUAUCUUUCAACUUACUCAGUUAUGUUUGGAUUAUUUGUAUACAUACAUUAAUUAGACAUCUUAUGUUCAGAUUAUCAAUAUAUAUCUUGAAACUUAAUCUUAAAAUAUAUUUA